AGAAAGGAGGAGUGGCUAUUAGCCAAGAUGGCGGUAGCGAUGUCUGCGGCCAGGAUCUGGAGUCCGAGCCGCGGCCUGCGCCAGGCUGCCCUCCUGCUGUUGGGGCGAUCUGGGGUUCGGGGUUUGGCUAGAUCCCACCCCAGCAGGCAGCAGCAGCAGCAGUUCCCAUCCCUGGACGACAAGCCCCAGUUCCCAGGGGCCUCUGCGGAGUUUGUAGACAAGCUUGAGUUCAUCCAGCCCAAUGUCAUCUCCGGCAUCCCCAUCUACCGUGUCAUGGACCGCCAGGGCCAGAUCAUCAACCCCAGUGAAGACCCCCACCUGCCCCAGGAGGAGGUGCUGAAGUUAUACAGGAGCAUGACCCUGCUCAACACCAUGGACCGAAUUCUCUAUGAGUCCCAGCGGCAGGGCCGGAUCUCCUUCUACAUGACCAACUAUGGCGAGGAGGGGACACACGUGGGCAGCGCCGCUGCCCUGGAGCGCACGGACCUGGUGUUUGGCCAGUACCGGGAGGCAGGUGUGCUCAUGUACCGGGACUACCCGCUGGAGCUGUUCAUGGCCCAGUGCUACGGCAACGUGAGUGACCCCGGCAAGGGACGCCAGAUGCCUGUUCACUACGGCUGCAAGGAGCGCCACUUCGUCACCAUCUCCUCUCCACUGGCCACGCAGAUCCCUCAGGCGGUCGGGGCAGCCUAUGCUGCCAAGCGGGCCAAUGCCAACCAGAUUGUGAUCUGUUACUUUGGCGAGGGGGCAGCCAGUGAAGGGGAUGCCCACGCUGGCUUCAAUUUUGCUGCCACCCUGGAGUGUCCCAUCAUCUUCUUCUGCCGGAACAAUGGCUAUGCCAUCUCCACACCAACCUCUGAGCAGUACCGUGGGGAUGGCAUAGCGGCUCGGGGCCCUGGGUAUGGCAUCAUGUCAAUUCGUGUGGAUGGCAACGAUGUGUUUGCGGUGUACAAUGCCACUAAGGAGGCCCGACGACGGGCUGUGGCUGAGAACCAGCCUUUCCUCAUCGAGGCCAUGACCUACAGGAUUGGACACCACAGCACCAGUGACGACAGCUCAGCGUACCGGUCAGUGGAUGAGGUCAACUACUGGGACAAGCAGGACCACCCGAUCUCGAGGCUGAGGCAAUACCUGCUGAACCAGGGUUGGUGGGAUGAGGAGCAGGAGAAGGCCUGGCGGAAGCAGUCACGAAAGAAGGUCAUGGAGGCCUUUGAGCAGGCCGAGCGGAAGCUGAAGCCAAAGCCAAGCCUCCUCUUCUCCGACGUGUACCAGGAGAUGCCCGCCCAGCUCCGCAGGCAGCAGGAGGCGCUGGCCCGGCACCUGCAGACUUACGGGGAGCACUAUCCCCUGGACCACUUUGACAAGUGAGGCCCAGCCACCACGAGGUGGUCCAGCUGAGUGGAGCAGGGGUACCAGCAGGGUGCUACCCCUCGGCUCGUCAGCGCUGCGAACACGCUGAGCAGCCAGGGUUGCCCUCCAGCCUGUCAUGGGGUGACCUCUGUUCCUGCUCCCCCAGGCCACUUCACUGGGGCACCAUGUUUGCAGUCACUGCUGCAGCUCCGUCACUCCCUUCACCUGUUACAGUGCCUUUGAGGGGUGGGUGGGACCGGGGCCAGGGAAGACCCUCUGGGCAGGGUGGCCCUGGAUUUGCCCAGAGAAAUAGCUAAUUGGCAGAGUAAGUAAACCACAACUGCCUUUGA